UCCAUUUAUUUUCUUUCUCUUCGUCGGAAACUUGUCGACGGGGGAGAGAUUUUAAUGUUUUUCAUAUCAACUCACUGAAAUUAAAAUUUGGGUUUCAUAAUUAUUUAUUAUUUUCACUUUGUUUUCAGUUUCCCAGAAUCAGAUAAUCAAAUUCCGGCUUUCAGCGUCAUGAUUUUGGGGUUUCCAAUAAAAAUAUGAAUAGCUUCAAUAUGCAUCAAAUGAUUUGAGCUACUGAUAAGAAUCAGCAGAUUGCAAGUUUGUAAAUCAAGUGCUUAUAGUUGCCAUGUCAUCAUCACUGAUUAGAACUCCAUUCCCGAGCAUUACUGUUACUGGAUUCUGUUACCCAAGCCAGAAGUAUGGGAGGUUAGCCAAUAAUCGCCAUGGACUUGCUCUUCCAAAACUCAAAAUGAACCGCCUUUCAGUUUGCUGCUCAAAAUUGACACCAUGGGAACCCACUCCUCUUACAUAUGCACCCACUGAUGAGGCUGAACCUGAAUAUGUAGAAGAAACUGCCAACAUAUUCGAUACCCUAAAGUUUGAGGACACUGCAGCAACAGCAGCUGCUGAUUCUGAAAAAUUAACUCAAAGUCAGAGCAAACCAUCUAAGGAGGCAGGGUUUCUGAAAUGGCCAUUGUGGAUUCUGGGUCCCGCUUUCCUUCUCGUAACCGGCAUGGUCCCCACUUUGUGGCUACCCAUAUCGUCAAUAUUUCUCGGGUCCAACAUUGCCAGCCUACUUGCCCUUGUUGGGCUAGAUUGCAUCUUCAACCUCGGUGCAACUCUGUUCCUCCUCAUGGCCCAUUCUACCACCCAACCGAAAGACCCAAUGGAAUCCCCGAAAAGCAAGGCUCCUUUUAGUUACCGUUUCUGGAACAUGUUUGCUUCUAUAGUAGGCUAUGCUAUCCCCUUGGCCUUGCUCUUUGGCUCUCAAAAAGGCUUCCUCCAACCACAGCUUGCACCCAUCUCAUACUUGGUACUUCUAGGCCCCUACCUCCUGCUUCUGUCAGUGCAGAUGUUGACGGAACUUCUCACUUGGCAUUGGAAGUCACCCGUAUGGCUUGUAACUCCAGUUAUAUAUGAGGCUUACCGAGUGCUGCAGCUCAUGAGGGGCUUGAAGCUUAGCGCAGAGAUUAGUGCGCCUGCAUGGAUGAUGCAUACUAUAAGGGGGUUAGUGUGUUGGUGGGUGCUCAUUCUUGGUCUGCAGCUCAUGCGGGUUGCUUGGUUUGCUGGAUUUUCUGCUAGAAAUCAGAAAAAAUCAUACGCGUGAUUAUGUGAAGAAAUAUCUACGCCCUGCUUUGGGUGAGGUUGGGAUCUUCUAUGAUUAGGUUGGUAAGAUAGCUAGAAUCUUGUCUUCUGAGAAUAGCUUCCGUCGUUAAAUGUAUGCAAUGUUGCUCUGUUGAUAGUAGUGACUGAGUGACGGCCUGACGGGGGAUUCUGUAGGAUGAAAGUUGUUCAGGUUUAAUGCAUUUUCUAGCUUGAUUUUUGAAGUCUGGAGAUAGUAUUGAAGACUUGAGAUCGAAUUUCAUUUACAUCACAUCCCGUCGACGAUCUCUCUGCACUCAAAGAAAUCAAGUAAUGCAUUUCCUAGUGUUGUACUAUGUAUGAUUGAACUUGAGCGACUUACAUUAAAUUUUAAAAUAAAUGCAUUUUAAUUAUGUGUCA